UACUUGCGACGGCACACAAAUAGGCCUGUCAUCAGUACUACCAUCGACCUGUUCAAGUUGGGUGCCCUGGCUUGCAGCGAACAUGUCUCGGAAAGCAAGUGAUUUAUCCCCGAGAAUGCUUGCAUGCACCCUAAAGAGUGAGUGUCCUGCCUAGUAGUAGUACACUGGAAGAUGUGAGUGCCAUCUGAGAAGUAGAACAUUUGAUGGUGUCGAGCAGUCAUCGAACCACUGAUAGUUGCAAGGUUGACUAGUAGAAUGAAGAACAGCUUGAGUGAGUAACUCGUUGUUAGUAAUAAAACCGGACACAGAAAACAAUGCCUUGACCACGUCACCUGUGAAUUAUGCCCGCGGAACUCUUGGUGACAAUUUUAUUACCCUUCCAACCUGCACUGACUCGGACUCUCGGAAACAAUGGACAUAAACAGUCCUUCAUUGUCAUUGUCACUUCCACUUCUCCCUGAAACCAAAAAUUGGUCGGCCGAAAUCCAAGCUGCCUAUGAGAAUAUCCAACACACUUACGAUCAUGCAAUCCGAGUUCUUCGAGCAGAUGGAGCCGACCCUACCCGUAUUGCUUUCCAUGUGGAUGCUAUCUCAUCAAAUGCACUUCCAAUCCUCGAAGCACUCACACCAGAUGCUGAUAACACAGACUCGGAUGAAAUGUCAGAGUCUCUCCCAGUCAAAUGGUUAGCUGAUGUAGCCAUGGUACUUGGCUGUGUAGUUUCGGGUCUGGAACACCUAGGGACUACUGCAAACGAGGAAGAGGAGCAUCGUGUUGAUAUACCAGAAUUAACUGGAAUUGAGAACAUGGGAAAACGAGGGCGGCCCAAAAAAAUAAUAGACCUUGAUUUCUUGAUCGAGGCCACCUCUGCUCAACAUCACAUCAGACAUGUUGAGCUAGCAAAGAUUGUUGAUGUUCAUCCAGCAACAUUAUGGCGCUACAUGCGUCAACACAGCAUUGAAAGGUGCUAUUCCAACCUUCGUGACCGUGACCUUGAUGCUUUGGUGAAGAUAUUCAAAUGUCGUAGACCGGAGUCUGGGUUUUGGUACCUUGUUGGUUUUCUUCGACAACAAGGUGUCCGUGUACAACAUAGGUGAAUUUGGCAAUCCCUACAACGAGUUGACAGAAUUGGACGCCAAUUCAGACGCCAACAAAUUAUUCGAAGAAGGAAAUAUAA